CAGCGCAGAAUAAAGGUCCCAGGAGAACGCAUCAUGUGGUUCUCUCUGCCCCGUGACGUCACUAGCAGAUGGCAUGGGUACCAGCUCUGGCAGUUGGCAUCAAUGUCACUUUUUUAGAGAUCAAUGAGAUACACACAUAUCUAGACUCCUGAAGAUGAUGCGACAUUCAGACUGAUCUGGAAGGAGAAAAAAAUAUGAAAAAAAACUGAUUGUUGAUUGAAUUAAAAACAGAAGGUAAUUAAAUGCAUUAUUUCUAUUUCAUUAAUUGCUUAAUUUUUACAUGCAAUGCUUAAAAUAUAUGAUUAUUUUAUAUUGUCCAUUUGUGAUCAUUAUAUUAAUUCUUGUAAAUUUGCCAUUAUACUAUUAAGUAACAAGGUCAUCAUACAGACUAGGAUUGCAAAAAUAGCUGUUAUAGAAUGCAUGCAAAACAAUGGUGCAGGAACUGAUUAUAUGUGCUUCUUAAUUCUAAGGUACAUUCAUGCACUUUCUAAAUUAAAUAACAGGAAUUUAAAAUAUGCUCUCUAGUUAUGUCUUUUUGCUAUAUAUAUAUAUAUAUAUAUAUAUAUAUAUAUAUAUAUAUAUAUAUAUAAAAUUAGUAUUAUGCCUACAAACAGCCACAUAUAUAAGUGUAUACAUUGUGUCGUUUAUUUAAAAAAAUGUGGCUCUUUUUUUUAGCUAGGUGAGAAGGGAGCAUAUUGUUCUAUGCACAAACAAAGCUCUAAGCAGAAAUUUAAUUUCAGGAAGUAAUUGAAAAAUAUAUUAUAUAUUUUGGGCUUGUUUGUUUUGCUAAAACAAGAUAAAAAGUUCAGUAAAUCCACAAGCUUCACAGUUAUUGCUGAUAUUUUUUAAAUUAGAUACUUCAUAAAAAUAUGUAUUUUUUUUGCCUGCAGAAAAUAAAUAUUUUAUUUUGGGGGGGCUUUUCUUUGCAAUUAUUGAGAAAUGUGCAGAGAUAUUAAUAUGAUUGUUAUUAAUUGAUUUGCAUACUUUCAAAACUUGUGAAUAUGUGACAAGGUGCAUAUUUUACUUUCUUGGAAAAUUCACGGCAAUGUCCUUCAGCCUGUAUAAGAUUAUUUCACUUUUAGUGGGUGGGGACUGAAAAGAAACAGAUUUAGGAUUUGGAAAUGCUUUGGCAUGUUUGCAUUUCAAUCUUUUUCUCAUAUGACAGGUAUACAGAAUUUUCAAAUAAUGGUUUGAAUGUUACAUACAUCUUUGAAUAUUAUCAUUCUGUAGUUUCCACUUGGUUAUUCAGUGUAAAUGUCAGUUCUAUCCAAGAAACUUGUAUAUCUAUUUGUGUGCAUUGUCCUAAUUGGAUGUUGAUAUAUUUUUUUUAAAUGUCAAUUAUUUAAUUUUUCUCAGGUAAUUUAUGUUAACAAUGUUAACACUUCCUUUUGAUGAAUCGGUUGUAAUGACGGAAUCUCAGAUAUGCAGAAAGUUUUCACGGGACGGUGAAGAGCAGAAACAAGUGAAAAAGCCUGAAGUCUGUGCCAAACAACUAGUAUCUCAUGGGAAAAGUAUCAAGAGAACACCUGAAGAGGAUACAGAGCAGGAGGAAGAGGAUGAGGACAAAGAGGAAGAAGAUGAAAAUGGUUUGCCCAGAAGGAGAGGACCAAGGAAAAAAAAAAUGACCAAGGUCAGAAUUGAAAGGAUUAAACUGAGACGGGUUGAAGCUAAUGCAAGAGAAAGGGGUAGGAUGCAUGGGCUCAAUGAUGCGCUGGACAAUUUAAGGAAAGUUGUACCAUGUUAUUCCAAGACACAGAAACUGUCUAAAAUAGAAACAUUAAGACUGGCUAAAAACUAUAUUUGGGCUCUGUCUGAGAUCCUUCGGAUUGGGAAGAGACCUGAUUUGCUUACUUUUGUGCAAAACUUAUGCAAAGGUUUGUCCCAGCCAACCACAAACUUGGUGGCAGGCUGCCUGCAGCUUAAUGCCAGGAGUUUUCUAAUGGGUCAGAGUGGGGAGACGAUGCAUCAUACAAGAUCCCCGUACGCCUCUAUUUACCCUCCAUAUCACAGUCCUGAGCUUAGUACCCCACCAGCCCAUGGGAGCCUUGACAAUUCUAAGACAGCAAAACCAUACAAUUAUUGUAGUGCUUAUGAAUCCUUUUAUGAAAGCACUUCUCCAGAGUGCACCAGCCCUCAGUUUGAAAGUCCCUUAAGCCCUCCCUCAAUGAACUAUAAUGGGAUAUUUUCCCUGAAGCAAGAAGAGGCCUUGGACUAUGGGAAAAAUUACAAUUACGGCAUGCAUUACUGUGCAAUGCCAAGCAGGGGUCCCCUCGGGCAGAGCUCUAUGUUCAGGUUGCCUACAGACAGCCACUUCCCUUAUGACUUCCAUCUGCGCAGCCAGUCUCUCGCCAUGCAAGAUGAAUUAAAUGCAGUUUUUCAUAAUUAAUGAGGAAAAUGAAUAUAAACAGUGGUCAUUCACCUCCCUCCCCCCAUCUAAUUAAGAUAAAGCAGAUGCUUGUUCACACAGUAAUUGACACGGCUCGAUUAAGGUAUCACUGCAGUCUCGAAAAUGUGUUUUAAACUUCUGUGGUCUAUUUUUUUUCCCUCUAACCCUUUGUAACAGCCAAAUCCUUUGCCAUAUUUUGAAAUAUGAUUAAUAUAUCCAUUUUUUUUAAUUGAUGAAGACUGUAAUUUGUUUAUGCACUAAAACAAUAUUUUAUGUUUGUUUGAACAGUAUGUUGAAUUUCUGUGGCUAAAUAAAGAAGUGUACACUAUACCAAGCCAAAUGUCUAUCUUAAUUGCUCACUGAUAAUCUAAACUGAUACAUGCUAACUCUUAAAUCUCCAAAGUAGUGGGCAUCUAAUUACUCUGCUACUCAUGGGGUUAAAUUGUAUUCUGAGAGAGGGGCCUGCUAGCAAUUGAAUAGAAAUGCCUUGCAGGCCUCUUUGACAGCAAACAGCUUAGAGACUGUAUAACAAUGGAU